AUGCUCAUCAUUAUCAGCCUUCAGGAGACUAAGCUGUCUAUAGAAGAGCCUGAGGCAGCUGGAGAUGGGGUUGAGACUGAGGUAGCCCAGGGGGCUACUGAGAAAUCCCCUGAAGACAAAGUUAAGAUAGCUGCUAAUGAAGAGACACAAGACAAAGAAGAACAGAUGAAAGAGGGUGAAGAAACCGAGGGCUCAGAAGAGGAGGAUAAAGAAAAUGACAAGGCUGAAGAAACACCAAAUGAUUCAAUUCUUGAAAACAAGUCUCUUCAAGAAAAUGAAGAGGAGGAGAUUGGGAACCUAGAGCUUGCCUGGGAUAUGCUGGAUUUAGCAAAGAUCAUUUUUAAAAGGCAAGACACAAAAGAAGCUCAGCUUUAUGCUGCACAGGCACAUCUUAAACUUGGAGAAGUUAGUGUUGAAUCUGAGAAUUACAUCCAAGCUGUGGAGGAGUUCCAGGCUUGCCUAAACCUGCAGGAGCAGUACCUGGAAGCCCAUGAUCAGCUCCUUGCAGAGACCCACUACCAGCUGGGCUUGGCCUAUGGGUACAACUCUCAGUAUGAUGAAGCAGUGGCACAGUUCAGCAAAUCUGUUGAAGUCAUUGAGAAGAGAAUGGCUGUACUAAAUGAGCAGAUGAAGGAGGCUGAAGGAUCACCUACUGAAUAUGAGAAAGAAAUUGAGGAGCUGAAGGAGCUGCUACCUGAAAUUAGAGAGAAGAUAGAAGAUGCAAAGGAGUCCCAGCGUAGUGGGAAUGUAGCUGAAUUGGCUCUGAAAGCAACUCUGGUGGAGAGCUCUACUUCAGGUUUCACUUCUAGUGGAGGAGGCUCUUCAGUCUCCAUGAUUGCAAGUAGAAAGCCAACAGAUGGUGCUUCCUCAUCAAAUUGUGUGACCGAUAUUUCCCACCUUGUCAGAAAGAAGAGGAAACCAGAGGAAGAGAGCCCCCGGAAAGAUGAUGCAAAGAAAGCCAAACAAGAGCCGGAGGUGAAUGGAGGCAGUGGGGAUGCUGUCUGCAGUGGAACUGAAGUUUCGGAAAACAUGGAGGAGGAGGCUGAGAAUCUGGCUGAAAGUCGGGCAGCAGUGGAGGGGACAGUGGAAGCCGGAGCUACAGUUGAAAGCACUGCAUGUUAAGAGGGAGCAGAGCCUUCCUCUCAAUGGAAAUUGUUUUUUGUAUAUAAUGUAUUUUUUCACUUUUGGGGGGUUCUUUUUGUAUAACUUCAAUAAAGAUUGUAAGCAAA